AGACUCUGACAAAGCCUUUUCCACCAUCGACGAGAUUGCGAUCACAGAUUCAAAGGCUCGAACGGAGAAUAUCUGAAGCUUUCGAUCGAUGGCAGAUUAUCACUUCGUCUACAAGGAUGUGGAAGGAACGUCGACGCAAUGGGACGAUAUCCAACGGAAGCUAGGGAAUCUCCCUGAGAAGGCUCCGGCGUUCAAACCGCCGGCGUAUACUCCGGCGCAAGACGAGGCUUCAGCUCCAAAGGACAAAGCUUGGUUCGAUGGGAAGACGGAGGAGGAGCUCGAGGAUCUUGAGGACGACAAAGAUCUCGACGACGAUCGAUUCCUCGAAGAUUACAGGAAGAAGAGGUUGACGGAGCUGAGAGAAGCUGCUAAAGUCAGGAGGUAUGGAUCAGUGACUCCAAUCUCGAGCUCUGAUUUCGUGAGGGAGGUUACGCAAGCUUCUGCUGAAGUUUGGGUUGUUGUAUGUCUCUACAAAGAUGGUAUUGCAGAGUGUGGCUUGUUAUUGGGUUGUCUAGAAGAACUGGCUAGUAGAUACCCGGGAACGAAGUUUGUUAAGAUUAUAUCAACUGAUUGUAUUCCCAACUACCCUGAUUGCAAUCUCCCUACCUUGCUGGUGUACCAUCAUGGUGCUGUUAAAGGAACUCAUGUAGGCUUGAAGAGCGUUGGCCGUAGGUGCACCCCAGAGAGUGUAGCCUUAGUUUUGUGUCAGUCAGAGCCAGUUCUUAACGAUGGCAAAAGUGGAGACGAUGACUCCUCAAGGGAAGCUGUGAUGGCUGGAGUUCGAAGACAGUUCAUUGAACGAGUGGUGAAAGACCAUGAAGAUAAGGAUAACGAUGAUGAUGGUUACAAUAGCGAUUAGAACACUCUCAAAGCCUCUGUUGGUUAUGUUUGUUUGUUGCCUUUCUGACUGGUAAAACUAAAAUGCUUUCUCCAUUUGUGUUGUAAUGCUUUUCCACAACUUCUUGUUUUUAUUAUCAAUACCCUCCCUGAUCACAUGCGCUGGAUCUUGACUGUGAAUCAAUCUAUUUAGAUUUU